UAUCUGAGACCCUUUUACGCAUCGACUAAUCUAAAAAAGUCAGAUUCAGAGAGAGAGAGAGAGAGAGAGAGCCUAAUGGCGAUCUCUGAAGCGCUCUCUCCACUGAUUGGUGGUAGCAGUGGCGGUGGCGGGACCUAUUACGUCGAUGCCGCCGUGGAUUUCAAGGGGCGGCCCGCGAUCCGGUCGAGGUCCGGCGGGUGGACGUCCUCCCUAUUCAUUAUCGGGGUGGAGGUGUCGGAGAGGAUAGCUUACUACGGCAUCGUUUCCAACCUCAUCACGUACCUGACGGUGUCGCUCCACCAGUCGACGGCCGCGGCGGCGGAGAGCAUCAACUUGUGGUCGGGGGUGGCCUCGCUGCUGCCGCUAGCCGGAGCCUUCGUCGCCGAUUCCUUCCUGGGCAGAUACAAGACCAUCCUCUUCUCCUCCUUUCUCUACCUCCUGGGUUUGGCUCUCCUGACACUUUCUGCUAUAUUUCCAAUUGGCUGCAGUGACAAUGCAUCUUCAUGUUCCUCGUCAAAAUUUCAACUAGUCUUUUUUUACCUCUCUCUAUAUUUGGUUGCUAUCGCUCAAAGCGGCCACAAGCCUUGUGUUCAGGCAUUUGGCGCAGAUCAAUUUGAUGAGACAGAUCCGGAGGAGAAGAAGUCCAAGGCCUCUUUCUUCAACUGGUGGUACUUUGGGAUGUGUCUCGGAACUCUAUGCUCAGUUUCUGCUAUUAACCUUAUCCAGGAAAAUGUUGGCUGGGGUCUUGGAUUUGGAUUGCCAUGCCUAUCGAUGGCUAUGUCACUCGUAGUUUUUUUGGUUGGGACAUUUCAUUAUCGUUUUAAGAUAGCUGAAGUGGAAAGCCCCUUCACAAGGAUAGCACGAGUUUUUGUUGCAGCAAUUCGAAGAUCAAAAUGGGCAGAAGAAGAAAUGGAAAGCCAAAUUGGUACUUCCAGUGCCAGCCACACAAGCUUCCUUGAUAGAGCUGCAGUACCAUUGAGGUCAGAUUUUUCUUCACCAUCCAAAAAGGACAAGUGGAUUGUAUGUUCUGUUGCACAAGUAGAAGAGGCUAAGGGAGUUCUUCGCUUGAUCCCAUUAUGGGUAACAUGUUUGAUGUAUGCAGUUACAUUCGCUCAGUCAUCAACUUUCUUCACAAAGCAAGGCAGCACAAUGGAGAGGAAAAUUUUUCCCGGCUUUUUGGUACCUGCAGCAACAUUGCAGAGCUUCAUCAGUAUCUCUAUAGUUGUGUUGAUCCCCAUAUAUGAUAGGGUUCUUGUUCCAGUUGCUAGGGGUGUCACAGGCAUCACCUCUGGCAUAACAAUGCUCCAGAGAAUUGGAACUGGAAUGUUCUUAUCAAUAAUUUCUAUGGUGGUAGCUGCCAUUGUGGAGUUGAAGAGACUAAAUGUUGCAAAAGAUGCAGGUCUAGUUGACUUACCAAAGGCAACUGUGCCCAUGAGCAUAUUGUGGUUGGUUCCUCAGUACCUCUUGUUUGGACUUGCUGAUGUCUUUGCAAUGGUGGGUUUGCAAGAAUUUUUUUAUGAUCAGAUGCCCGAUGGAUUACGUAGUAUGGGCAUGGCUCUUUAUCUUAGUGUUUUCGGGGUUGGGAACCUCUUGAGUAGCUUUCUCAUUUCCCUGGUAGAAAACUUGAGCAGUGCAGGAGGAGAAAGUUGGUUCUCCAAUAAUCUUAACCGAGCACAUCUAGAUUACUUCUACUGGCUAUUGGCAGGCCUUAGCACUUGUGGAUUGUUAGCAUAUUUAUUGUUUGCUAAAUUUUAUACAUACAGGAUCAGACACCCAAAACAUUUUAUAUCAGUGACGACAGAUACCAAAGGCAGCAAUGCGUAAGUGGAUGGGUUGUACCCAAAGAUGCUUUAUGACAACGGUGCUGGUAUAGGUAUUAUCGGUCAUGGUUCCAGUUGUAUACCUGUAAGGUUAUUAACCCAAGGAUUAAAAUCUAAAAGAUCUCUAUUAGUAAACUUUUCUCUAGCUUUAUAAACAAAUAGGUCUCGUUGAUAAUGGUUUAAGAGAAUCAAUCAUUCUAAAGAAGUUCUACACGCAGGCAAGGGAAGGCUUAUGGUACAGAGAACGGCAUUUCUUGUGCUGGAAAGGAAUUUCCUAUCUGUUGUGCUUACUCACAUAUGACUAGCAUAAAAGUAUUUCUUCGUGUUUCCAUUUCAGUUAUGAACUCUCAUCAAUUAAAUGCCUCCACUUGUAUUCAUAUUUUUUAUUUUUACUAUUUAUUCAUCUAAAUACUUCUGGUUACACAUUAUUACGUGUGUCUAGCUUAAAUGUUAACAAAAAUAUGCAUAUUAUUUGCAGUA